CGCCAACGCUCGCAAUUCGUCGACUGUAAUUUUGGGCAUCCGCAACAGUCUCGAAGCGAGAACGAAAACCAAGUCUGGUCCUGGAACGUGCAUGACAGGAGGGAGAUCGGUUUUUGACGAACGCCUUUGAACCGUGUUUCCUUGACGUGGGCAGCUUUCCUUACGGCUAGAAACCAGGCUAGCACCAAGGUAGCGAUCGUACUACAUAGUCAGCAACGGACUCCUUGUAAAAAAAGUCCAGGUCGAGCGACGACAUCUGCUCCAUUUCCUGACAUGCAAUUUGCACCAUAACUCAGUCGGCACUCAAAGUCCUAAUUUUGUUCGAUAUGGGUUUAGAUUAUUGGCUGGUGCACUUAACCUGGACAAUUCCUCCGGCAGUCUUGUUCACGGUGGCCUAUUGGCCGUUUUCCACGAAAGUAGAGAUCUGGAAGACUUUUAUCCUGAUAAAUGUAGCAGUCUGUGCCACGAUACCGUGGGAUUCGUACCUAAUUCGUAAUCGCAUCUGGACGUACCCAUCCGACGCUGUGGUUGGCCUCACUUUGUUCGACAUUCCGAUUGAGGAAUUGUUUUUCUUCGUCAUUCAAACAUAUUGCACAAGUUUGCUGUACACCAUCCUCACUAAGCAUUUGUUGCUUCCAGCCUAUCUACUCGACCGCUCUCAUCAAUUCACCAAGAAUGUUGGAUCCGCAGCGAUCGUUGGCGGAAUAGCUUUUGGAGCUAUUUGCAUCCUGAUGAAAAACAGCCUAACCUAUAUGGGCCUUAUAUUGACAUGGGCUCUUUCGGUUGUCUUGUUUCAAUGGCACCUUUGUGGUAGCUUUCUGCUCGCGUUGCCAAAGAAGCAAGUUCUGAUGUCCAUUCUCCUACCAACCAUCUAUCUAUGGAUGGUGGACCUUUUGUCACUUCAACGUGGCACAUGGGUUAUAGAAAAAGGAACAAAGCUAGACAUUCAAUUCUGGGGAUUUUUAGACAUCGAGGAAGCAACGUUCUUCUUCCUCAGCAAUGUCAUGGUCGUAUUGGGCAUGGUCACCAUGGACCACGCCAUUGCGUUGGCACAAUAUGAUAUUGUUACCUCAGAGUCACCCGGAAAGUCUCUUCCUUCCUUGGGUCAAAUCGCUUGGUCGUAUAUCACCCAACAGCGAAAACCCCUUGACGUGGGUUUUUUAGAGGGACUUCGCGCGGCAGUGACUGAGCUCUCGCGUAAAAGCCAGAGCAUGUACCUUGGAAGCGCAAUGUUUCAGGAUGGGCUUCGAGUUGAUUUGAUCUUUUUAUACUCUUUCUGCAGAAUCAUCGAUGACUUGGUCGACGAGGCUCCUUCUCGUGAAAAGGCCCAAGAGAGCAUUAAAGAAGCGUCUCAAGUUCUGCACUGGCGGUUUUCCACUAAGAGCCCUAGGAAGCCUCUAUACGAUUACCUCAAGGCCGACAAGGACGAUAAGCUCAGCGCGAAUUCAACUCCCUUGCUCAAUUCUAUCGCAUUACUACCUGCUUCCCGACUCAGCCUGGGUCCAUUACUUGAACUUUUAUCCGGGUUUGACAUGGAUCUAUUGUUUUCCGCUGAAAACCAUGAAUUCCCUAUUAAGACAGAAAAGGAUCUAGAAGUUUACGCCCAUCGCGUGGCUGGCACUGUUGCAGCUGGCCUACUGGAACUGGUUUUCAGUCACUCUGAAGUACAGUAUAGUACUGCGCAACGGGAAAAGAUCAUCAAUGCAGGCCAGAAAAUGGGCCAGGCGCUGCAGUAUGUCAAUAUUGCGCGCGAUAUCAAGCGAGACGCGGCGAUUCAGCGGGUGUACAUUCCCUCUGCUUGGUUGAAGACGAAAGGGUUAACGCCUGCCGAUGUGAUUAACAAUCCGACGGAUCCUGCAUUGGCCACAUUCGAAUCACAGAUGCUUGUCAAAGCAGAGAAUGCAUAUCAGUCGAGUGUGGAAGCGAUCGAUCAGCUACCGAAAGAUGUUCGAGGGCCUGUCAAGACUACCGUCGAGAGUUAUAUGAUGAUUGGCCAGAUGGUUCGCAAGGCACGACAGGACUCGAUCGAAAUAGAGGGGAAGCUCAAGGUCCCAUUGUGGAGGAGAUUGAGGCUUGCGUGGUGGGAGAUGUACGCGAACCAUUAGAGGAUUCAACUUGUGUCCUGAUCCACUUGAUCCAGCAUUUUGCAGCGUCAAUUAACAAAUCUAAAUAUACUUGAUAAGAGCACCCUCAAGGUCAAUUCCAUGAUUUCUUCCCACGACAAAAAUCGGUUCUACAGUGAUAUGCUACCCUCGCCAAUUUGGCGGGUUUGAUUCCUCAUUAUGGUUG